UCUUGCUGUUGUAGUUUCUUAUCACUCAUCAGCAAGAUCUUGAGCAAAUACAGAGAGAGGAUUGUUCUCUGGACAAAAUGAGAAUACAGGUCAUCUUUGGAAUCCUGUGGAUUUUCACACAAUCUGCCAUGGCUUUGCUGUUUCAGGAUCCUGUUGUCUGUAGAUUUACUGCGAGGAAUCAAUGUGAUGUGGCUCUGGGACAACGACUGCACCUGCAAAUGCCCCUGGAGGAUGAGUUUGACCUAAACUUCAGGGAUGAGACAUCGAGCACUCAUCAAAUUUUAAGAUAUAGAACAACUCAGAUGAACCCACUUCUCCCAGGAUGGCAGUUUGUUAAUGAAACUAAAGCUAUGAUACUCAGCAGUGUAGAGAGGAGCAACUCUGGAACAUACAAUUUACUCAUCAUUGAUGCAGACGGGAAUAUUAAAGGAAAAUAUAAUCUCCAGCUGAUCACUGAAGCUGAAGUGUCCUCAGUAAAAGUGUCCUACAGCUGCAUUUCACCUGGAGUCAUGAAAAUAGAUUGUUCUGCUGAUGGAGACAACCUCCGCUUCAGCUGGACUUCUGAUUCAAACACACUCUUUCAAGUGGAGAAUGGGAAGAGCGCUCUCAUACUGGAUCAAGAUUAUAAUGGAAAUGCCACCUGCCUUGUAGAAAAUAACGUCAGCCGUGAAACUGAAACCACUGAACUCCACCCAUGUACUGGUUUGCUGUUUCAGGAUCCUGUUGUCUGUAGAUUUACUCAGAGGAAUCAGUGUUAUGUGGCUCUGGGGCAACAACUGCACCUGAAAAUGCCCCUGGAGGAAACGCUUUACCUUCAGUUCAACAGUGAGACAUCUGGUGCUCGUCGAAUUUUAAGAUAUAGAAAAGCUGAUCGUAACCCACCAAAACCACUUCCAAGAUGGCAGUUUGUUAAGGAUAAUAAAGCUAUGAUACUCAGCAGUGCAGAGAGGAGCGACUCUGGAAAAUACACUUUAUCCACCUUUGAUGCAAAAGGGACUACUAGAGGCGAAUAUAAUCUCCAGGUGAUCAUUGAAGCUGAAGUGUCCUCAGUAAAAGUGUCCUACAGCUGCAUUUCACCUGGAGUCACGAAAGUGGAUUGUUCUGCUGAUGGAGACAACCUCCGCUUCAGCUGGACUUACACACUCAGUGAAUUGGAGAACAGGAAGCACACUCUCAUACUGGAUCAAAAUUAUCAUGGAAAUGUCACCUGCCUUGUAGAAAAUAACGUCAGCCGUGAAACUCUUACCACUGAACUCUACCCAUGUACUGGUUUCAUGGUGUUUGUGUCUGUGUGGCUCUUUGAAGUCAUCAUCCUGCUGUCGCUGUUCGUGGGAGCGUUUUAUAUUUACACCAGAAUCUACAGGAAGCAGAGAAUAACUGAGAAUCAGGAUCAGGAAGCUCUGUAAACCUGGAUCAGGAACAGAAGAAUCAGUCCAUGGUUGCUCUCCUCCAUCCAGCAACUCAUCCACACUGAACCUCCAGAAAAAGAUAACCAUCAGUAACAGAUGGGUAACAGGGAAACAAAUUUAAUUCCUCAGUCCACAUCGACUUUUCAAAAACUAAACCAGCCUCAUGAUUCCUGCAGAUUUCUUCAUAAACCAAGUGUUAAUUUUUCAAGGUGUUUCUGUUCAGCUUUUUGUUGUUAUUUUUAUUUCAUAUCCAUUGAUUUGUUGCAAGAUCAUUCCGUUAGACGAAGUAACUGAGUGAUAUUCCACCCAAACACGCUCGUCUCUUACCCAAAGCAAAACUUCACUGACUGUGAAACAAAUCUUUUCUUCACUUCGCUAUUUGAAUGAAAAGAGUAUCACCAUCUCAAACAUUCAUUUGUUUUCAUGAAUGUUUACAUUUGGUGAGAAUAUAUUGAUAUAUAUUCUUCAAAUAAUCAGAACUAUCGAGCAAUAGUACAUCACAUCCUAGAAUUGUGCUGAAUAUGGAUCGAUUUCUUUCAAAGUUUUGUUUUUGUCUUAUUUUCUGAACCUGUCUGCCAUCAGCAUGAUCAUUCAAAAUUAAUGAGGUUUUUGAAAUGCAUUUCUUUCUUUUUUUUUUGGUCAGUACUGUUUACUUGAUGAAGAGGAAGUUUCUUUUUGCAAUUUUCAGUGUUGAACUUGAGACACAGUUGUGGCUUCCUUGACAGCUCCCACACUCGGCAGUUCACACACUUUGUUUGUGAAACUGCCUGAAGAAUUGAUGCCUAAGCAAAAACUUUUCUUUUCUGCUGUUAAAAUCAGAGUCAGCCAAGUCAAAGUUUUUGAUUUUUUAAGCUAUAAAUACGUGCAUAUGGAUGUAUGAUAUUUCACAUGGCCUUGGUUGUACUGCCAAUUUCAAUCUUGUAGCUUUGUGUAAUAUUCUAAUAAU